CACAAGACACAUAGCUAGCACACACGGGAGCAGGUGUGUGAUCUGAGGAGGUGAAGUGAGAAGUUAUUGGUGGAUCGAUCGAUCGUCAAUAUAUAUGACGACGGCGGCGGACGGCGGCGUGGCGACGCUGGCGUCGCAGCGCGCGGUGGUGAUCUUCGGGACGAGCAACUGCUGCAUGUGCCACGCCGUGAAGACGCUCUUCUCGGAGCUGGGCGUGAGCUGGGCGGUGUGCGAGCUGGACAAGGAGCCGAGGGGCAAGGACAUCGAGAAGGCGCUGGCGCGCAUGGUGGGCCGCAGCCCGCCGGUGCCGGCGGUGUUCAUCGGCGGCAAGCUCGUCGGCCCCACCGACCAGGUCAUGUCGCUGCACCUCGGGGGGAAGCUCGUGCCGCUCCUGCGCGAGGCCGGCGCCCUGUGGCUGUGAUGGAGCUAGCGCGCGCUAACCGUACCGUACCCAUCAGCUAGCUUCGUUCCCAUGAUUAAUGCAUGCUUAAUUAAUGCGUAAUGAAGCUAGCUAGCCAGCUGCUUCAUUCUAUACAGUACUACGUGGUCAUCACUAGUACUACAUCUAUAAAUCUAACUGAUCCAACAUGCUAUAUUUAUGAGGUUGUGGUUACAUCAUGCUGCUGCUGCUGCUAGCCAUUGGAAGAUCAUCAAAUUAAGAUCCAUGAUCUUUCACUGCAUAUAUAUAGAUACCUCUUGUAAUCGCAUCCUGCAAGUUGUAACCGAUGACUACUCUGGAAAAGAUAAGUAUAC